CGGAGACCAGUUGACUUCGAUCCUCCGAGCGCAGUGUACCGUAGCAUGUUCACUGUGCUCUCCUACUUUAUACACAUAGAUACACUGCACUUCCAAAAACCUCCAUUUCUCUUACUUUUUUUUAAUAAUCUUCGACUAGUCACUAUUAUUACCGUAUUAAAAGGAUGAUUAUCGCGUGUGAAGCUAACUCGUGAUAUACAAGUUUGCGCGCAAGUCUGUAUGUGUGUGAUACACCGCGAGUUCCUCAAAGGAUUUGCUAUAACGAAAAAGUAAUAAUACAAAAAGGAAAUAGAAGAGGAAAUAAAUCAACAAGAGAGAAAAAUAUCUUUAAGAGGAAAAAGAGUAGCUCUCCUUUUUGGAUUCUUCCUCUUUCUACCUUUCGCUCUCUCUCUCUCUCUCUCUCUCCGAGACUUCGUUCGAUCGAUAAUUCGCCGGGUACGUGUGAGUGCGCCGACACGACGAUUAUUAACCAAUAUCGAGAGAAACAAAUUGCAAAGGAAUCUCGUGAAAAAAAAACAUUCGUCGACGAUAAAAGCCAAUCGUCAAAUCACAGUGAUAAACGAAUAAGAGAAAUAUCAAAGAAAAUAUGAAAGCUAUGGUGGUGAGCCCUGUAGGUGGUCGAGUACCACCAACUCGUGGUGUUCUACACAACAGUUUGAGUAUAAACGGAACGAGAAGAGAUCUCGAGGCGGAGGAAGUCGCCGCUUAUCUGACGAAGUUAAGAUCAUUGGUGCCGGAUAUGCCGAGGAAGAGGAAACUUUCGAAGCUCGAAGUAAUACAGAGGGUGAUCGAAUACAUAUGUGAUCUACAGACGACUCUGGAGGAGACGAAUGUCCAUCAGGAAACAACAAAGACGAAACCGACGUCAACGAGACAGCCACUGCAACCUCUGCUAAAUACGGUGAGCACCGGUAGCACAGGCUCGACGACACCGGCGGCAGCUAUGGCAGCAGCGGCAGCAGCCACGACGACGAUGACGGCAAACAGCACGGUGGCCGAACGGUGACCUGUCACAGGAAAAAAAUUUCAAUGAGGGCCAGAUCGCUAGGAGAGAUCGUCCUCGUGGGCUGACUCCGGCUUGAACGCAGGGUUCCGUCGGCCCCUGACUUCCGUCCUCCUCCUCGAAGAAUUCCUUCGUCUCUUCUUCGUCUUUGGGACCCGAGAAAAACGGAAGGAUACGCGAACGAUGCGAGGAACUAGGAACAGGACGACGAGUAGACCCUUGCGCCCAGUACAAUCUCUUUCCUCGCGAAAGCCUGUAAAUACUUGUACAUAGACUCAUCGCAUUCCUCGCACGACCUCUCAUCGCCGAUAGACACCACCACCUCAUCGCCUCCGAUCUUCGUCUCUGUUUCUCUGUCUUUCUAUCUCUUCAUCCCCCUUUUUCUCUUCGAUCAGUAGACAUGUUCCGACUCAAUCUAGAAAUGAGAAUAUUGUUUUUUCCUUCGAUUCUUCCUUUUUUUGCUUUACAUAGUGAAAAAUUUAACCAUUCAUUGUUGGCUUCUUUCAUUUCAAUUUCUUCUUUUCAAUUGCGAUCGGUCGAAAGGCAAGACGAUAUCAAAUUCUGAAAAUAUAUAUAAUUUCAUUUUAUUACAUUCAAAAUAUUAUCAUUCUGACAAAAUAUCAUGUACGAUGCCCCACCCAACCAAUCGUAAAUCGAUCUUUGUUUGCAGACCCAUUGUAACAAAUUUUAUCUUCGCGUUGAUCAAAGUCUGUAUCAUUUCUAACUCGCUCUGUAGAUAAUAAAGAAAAUUUUUAUUACGAUUAUUACAUUUAUCGUACUAAAAAUACUUAAAAUGCUAUAUUAUUAUUAUUAUUAAUAUUAUUAUUAUUAUUAUUAUUAAUAUUAUUAUUAUUAUAUGAUUAUAUCAUUAUUAUUGUUAUCGCUCUUCAUAUUAUAAUUUAGAAACCUUCCGUAACUAUUGUAUAUUCGCGAAGACUGAAAGGCUGUAAGUAUAUCGUCGCACGAGGGUAAUACGCUCGUGUAUACAAAAUAAAUGCAAACUGUGUCCGUAAGUUA